UCUCCCACACAGCUUAAUUCCUUGUCCCACACGCCUACACCGUGUAGGGCAAUUUUCUCUAUAAAAAAUCCAGUGAAGUCCUCUCAGCGAGCACUUAUCUCUCGUUCGCAGCCGCAUUCUCGUCAUCUCCAAGUGCCAUCGAAACACCACUUUUCACUCUUCUAGUCUCCAGAAAACUCUUGUUCUCUUUUGAAUCAUAAAUGUUGUCUGCAAAACCCUAACCCAUUCACAUUUCAUCACAUUUCCAAAUUCUGCAAUUUUUAGCAACUGCAAGUUUACAACUUCAAAUCCAAUCCAAUCUUUCCUGGAUCAUCCCAAGCCAACCCAUCUCUAUAUUCACCUGUUUCUCCUCUUAAUUUCAAGUCAAAUUUCACAACAAACCUUUUCUAUUUGCAUCUCUGUGCCAAAAACUGUGAUUCUUUUCUGGCCAGACUGGCAAAAUUACUCCCACAACCAUGAAGAAGAGCGAUCAGAAAGAAAGAACAAGCAGUAGAAUGGCAACCCAACGGUACCUGCAACUUCCACAGGCUGUAACCAUGGACAUCCUCUCAAGGCUCUCUGUCAAGACACUUUUCAACUGCAGGUGCGUGUGCAAAGCGUGGCUUUCUAUAAUCUCUGACCCUCAGUUUACUAGUCUCCACGCUUCAAGGUCACCCUUUGGCAUCUUGAUGGAGAUCUUCCCCCCUCCCCCUCUAACAAAACCAAUGGAAAUUUAUUUUACCCAUCUGGAAGUAGAAGCAUGUGCUGCUCCUGGUUCAGAUUUGCAGCUCGAGGAAAUAACGUUUUCUCCCAGAAAUACCCUUCCUCCCGUUGACGACGCCAUGCGCGAAUUUCGCUUGAUAAACUCAUGUAAUGGUCUGCUUUGUUUUGGAGGUAAUGAAGGCUUUCCCCUGUAUGUGUGCAACCCUGUUUUGGGCGAGUACAUCACCAUUCCACCUUCUAAUAGAAACGACAAGUGGCUUAUUGUUGGACUUGGUUUUAGCAUCGGGACCAAUGUGUACAAGGUGUUUCAGUUGAAUAACCCGGACACUGAGGCUGAGAUUUACACCAUUGGCGCCGGAGGGGCAUGGAGAAGCAUUGGACCUCCUCCUCCUGGGGAUUAUAAUAACUUAUCAUUCAAUAAUUUUCUUCAUGGAGCUGUUCAUUGGAUUCCCUAUGGUGGUAGGAGUACAAGUUCCAAGGUUAUACAAUCUUUCGACUUUGAAAGAGAACAAUUCCGGCCAUUAUCACUACCUAGUUUGCUAGCAAAGAAUCAAUUUUCGGGUAGUUUGACAUUGGAAGUGAUAGGAGGUUGUCUUCAUCUAUGUGUGCUCAAGAAUGAUGCUCGCAAACUGGACAUGUGGGUUAUGAAGGAGUAUGGUGUCCAAGAGUCUUGGACUAAAAUUCUUGCUUUCAAAAACUUGUUUGGUCUUCGGAGGGAACGAAUCUGUGACAGGUAUAAUCCAAUUAUGUUUUUGAGCAAUGGGGAAAUCCUGAUGUUCUACAACUUUGAGCGUGUAGUUUGUUAUAAUCAAGAAGAAAAGAGCUUCAGAAAAAUAAAGAUUCCUUCGACUAAGAAGUGGUCAUUUCAGCCAAUUGCUUACAGUCCAUCCUUUCUUUCGCUAUACGAUGUUGCAAAAGGAGAGGACGUGAAGAGAAAUGCAAAAAUUGUGUCCAAAAGGUACCUGCAACUUCCACAGGCUAUAGUCAUGGACAUCCUCUCAAGGGUCUCUGUCAAGACCAUCUUCAACUGCAGGUGCGUGUGCAAAGCGUGGCUUUCUAUAAUCUCUGACCCUCAGUUUACUCAUCUCCAUGCUUCAAGAUCACCCUUUGGCAUCUUGAUCGAGACCUUCCCCCCUCCCCCUCUAACAAAACCAAUGGAACUUUAUUUUACCCAUCUGGAAGUAGAAGCAUGUGCUGCUUCUGGUUCAGAUUUGCAGCUCGAGGAAAUAACGUUUUCUCCCGGAAAUUCUCUACCACCAGUUGACGCUGCCAUGCCCGAAUUUCGCUUGAUAAACUCAUGUAAUGGUCUGCUUUGUUUUGGAGCUAAUGAAGGCUUUCCCCUGUAUGUGUGCAACCCUGUUUUGGGCGAGUACAUCACCAUUCCACCUGCUAAUAGAAACGACAAGUGGCUUAUUGUUGGACUUGGUUUUAGCAUCGGGACCAAUGUGUACAAGGUGUUUCAGUUGAAUAACCCGGACACUGAGGCUGAGAUUUACACCAUUGGCGCAGGAGGGGCAUGGAGGAGCAUUGGACCUCCUCCUCCUGGGGAUUUUAAUAACUUAUCGUUCAAUAAUUUUCUUCAUGGAGCUGUUCAUUGGAUUCCCUAUGGUGGUAGAAGUACAAGUUCCAAGGUUAUACAAUCUUUCGACUUUGAAAGAGAACAAUUUCGGCCAUUAUCACUACCUAGUUUGCUAGCAAAGAAUCAAUUUUCGGGUAGUUUGACAUUGGAAGUGAUAGGAGGUUGUCUUCAUCUAUGUGUGCUCAAGAAUGAUGCUCGCAAACUGGACAUGUGGGUUAUGAAGGAGUAUGGUGUCCAAGAGUCUUGGACUAAAAUUCUUGCUUUCAAAAACUUGUUUGGUCUUCGGAGGGAACGAAUCUGUGACAGGUAUAAUCCAAUUAUGUUUUUGAGCAAUGGGGAAAUCCUGAUGUUCUACAACUUUGAGCGUGUAGUUUGUUAUAAUCAAGAAGAAAAGAGCUUCAGAAAAAUAAAGAUUCCUUCGACUAAGAAUUGGUCAUUUCAGCCAAUUGCUUACAGUCCAUCCUUUCUUUCGCUAUACGAUGUUGCAAAAGGAGAGGACGUGAAGAGAAAUGCAAAAAUUGUGUCCCAAAGGUACCUGCAACUUCCACAAGCUAUAGUCAUGGACAUCCUCUCAAGGGUCUCUGUCAAGACCCUCUUCAACUGCAGGUGCGUGUGCAAAGCGUGGCUUUCUAUAAUCUCUGACCCUCAGUUUACUCAUCUCCAUGCUUCAAGAUCACCCUUUGGCAUCUUGAUCGAGACCUUCCCCCCUCCCCCUCUAACAAAACCAAUGGAACUUUAUUUUACCCAUCUGGAAGUAGAAGCAUGUGCUGCUCCUGGUUCAGAUUUGCAGCUCGAGGAAAUAACGUUUUCUCCCGGAAAUUCUCUACCGCCAGUUGACGCUGCCAUGCCCGAAUUUCGCUUGAUAAACUCAUGUAAUGGUCUGCUUUGUUUUGGAGCUAAUGAAGGCUUUCCCCUGUAUGUGUGCAACCCUGUUUUGGGCGAGUACAUCACCAUUCCACCUGCUAAUAGAAACGACAAGUGGCUUAUUGUUGGACUUGGUUUUAGCAUUGGGACCAAUGUGUACAAGGUGUUUCAGUUGAACAACCCGGACACUGAGGCUGAGAUUUACACCAUUGGCGCAGGAGGGGCAUGGAGGAGCAUUGGACCUCCUCCUCCUGGGGAUUUUAAUAACUUAUCGUUCAAUAAUUUUCUUCAUGGAGCUGUUCAUUGGAUUCCCUAUGGUGGUAGGAGUACAAGUUCCAAGGUUAUACAAUCUUUCGACUUUGAAAGAGAACAAUUUCGGCCAUUAUCACUACCUAGUUUGCUAGCAAAGAAUCAAUUUUCGGGUAGUUUGACAUUGGAAGUGAUAGGAGGUUGUCUUCAUCUAUGUGUGCUCAAGAAUGAUGCUCGCAAACUGGACAUGUGGGUUAUGAAGGAGUAUGGUGUCAAAGAGUCUUGGACUAAAAUUCUUGCUUUCGAAAACCUGUUUGGUCUUUGGACGGAACGAAUCUGUGAUAGGUAUAAUCCAAUUAUGUUUUUGAAAACUGGGGAAAUCCUGAUGUUCUACAACUUUGAGCGUGUAGUUUGUUAUAAUCAAGAAGAAAAGAGCUUCAGAAAAAUAAAGAUUCCUUCGACUAAGAAGUGGUCAUUUCAGCCAAUUGCUUACAGUCCAUCCUUUCUUUCGCUAUACGAUGUUGCAAAAGGAGAGGACGUGAAGAGGGUUGGCAGCAGUAAGAGAUAUAACAAGCUGCCUGUUUGAUGAAGCGAGUUAUGAUUGUACUGCUUUUGAAGAGGCUCUUCAUAAAGCCAAAAAUUCCUCUCCGGAUUCGAAUCAGAGGAUUGGGACUGCAUGAUUUCUUCAGAGGAAAAAGGGAGGCUUCUUUUUGUUACUUGGCUUCAGCCAUCAGGGGAAACUCGG